GUGGGGGCUUCUCUCUCCCCCGUAGAGCGCAGCAUGAGCGCUCCGCAGCAAAAGGAUGUGUGAGCAGGCAGCGCGCUACUGUAGGGACGGAGUCCACAAACUGCUUAACAAAGAACAAGCCAAACUUCGAGCCCAAGAAAGCCGCGAGCAGCCGAACCCCGUAGCCAGUCAGGACAGCGAGUCCGCGACGGCAGCACAGUCCGGAAACAGCGGCGCCCAGCCCGGUGGAAUCGACGGGCUCGUCCGCUGGAUAGUCACCAAAAUGAGCGACAACAAGAACAUCUCCAGCCGGGAGUACGCUUCCAGCAAGGAGGAGGUGGCCGUGGCUCAGGAGCAGUUCUUCGCCCCGGAGCCACGGAGAGGCAUCUCCGUUAUUUUGGAUAUAUUCAGAAGAGCUGACAAAGAUGAUGAUGGGAAGCUGUCUCUAGAUGAGUUCCAGGCUUUCUUCUCCGAUGGCACGCUGAACGAGGAAGAGCUGGAGAAGCUGUUUCACACCAUUGACUCUGAUAACACCAGUAAUGUUGACACUAAGGAACUCUGUGACUACUUUGCCAAGCACAUGGGCGACUAUGAGGGAGUUCUGGCCUCACUGGAAACACUCAACCUUUCCAUCCUCAAAGCAAUGGCCUUCACCAAAAAGGUUUAUGAGAGAGGAACCAACGUGGAGCAGUUUGUGACCCGUUUUCUGCUGAAGGAAUCAGCCAAUCAGAUCCAGUCUCUUCUGAGCUCUGUGGAGAGUGCUGUGGACGCUAUUGAUGAGCAGCACAGCCAAUCAGGUCAUUUACCUGCCAAGGUGAGUCCACGGAUGUCAGAGAGGCGCAACGAAAACACUGUCCCUGACUAUCCCCCAAACAACAGAGUCAGUGCCAGAGAGGCAAUCAGGACCGUCAACACUGCUUCAGGUGCAGUGGAGGUGAGGAAAGAAGGUCUGGACGCUCAGAUCAACCGCCUGGCGGAACUCGUCGGACGACUGGAGAAUAAGACAGUCUGGUUGGAUCUGCACCAGAGGCUAACAGACACAGAUGGCACUACCAGCGCAUCCUUGCUGCUGAUUCGUCAGGAGAUGGUGGUUUCACAGAAGAAGCUCGGCGACUUUUGCGAGGCUCUGAAGCAGUACCUGAAGAACGUCUCUACUCAGAGAGACUGCUUUCAUGUGACUGCGGUGCGUCUGCCAGACGGUUUAUCCUUUGUCGUCUACGAGUUCUGGGAUGGAGAGGAGGAGUGGAAGAGGCACCUCCAGUCGGCCCCCAACAAAGCCUUUCAGCACGUGAAGGUGGACACACUGUGCCAGCCAGAGGCCGUGUCCUCUGUAGCCGUGCCAGCCGCCUGGUGCAGUGUGAACAGGGACUAAGCAGAAGAUAUACAACUACACCGCCACAACUCCUGGACACUCCCCACCUCCUCUUGAACCCCCCCCCCCCCCCCCCCCCCCCCCCGCCUCCAACCCUAACCCCCCACCCCCUUCCGCCCUUCCCCCCGCUCUCACACCCCCAAACUCCUCCUCUUUCAACCCUCACAUUCCUCAACUCUUUUUGUAAGUACAUGUUUACACAGUGCAAAUGAAUGGUGUCAACUGCAGUGAAAAUUGAACAAACAGUGCAUUUUACAAUGUGAGAUUACUAAUGCGUUUGCAUCUCACCAUCAAGGUAUUGGAUUAUGUCAUGUUCAUGUUUCAAGUAGCUUUGAGCCACCGUGAAGUGGAGUUUGUCAUGUAGCAAGGACCCUGGCCUUGAGUUUUUCAUGUAGCAGUUACUGUUUUGGGGUAGUAUUUGGGAAUAUGGCACUUUUUCCCACUCAUGUUAGGGUCGACCACAGCUAGCUCAUCUAGUUAGCUGUUAUUUCCUUCCACAUUUGAUCCCACAGACACAUGUUUUCAAAAGUAAAUUUUUAUUUGGUCUUGUAGCUGAUCAAAUGUUUUGGACAUUAUUCUCACAUCAGCCAUUCUGAAUCAACAUGUUGCGUAAAUGAGGACUAUCUACAGACCAAGUUGCUAGAACCACAAGGGCCUUGCAAGCAGUGAGUGGGUUUUUAGAAUGAAUAAUUACAAAAUGUAGAGUUUAAGAUUUCCUGCACUCAACAAGAACUAGCAAAAAACAGUCAAAUUUACUGGCUCAAUAACUAUGUAUUCAUACAAUAGGCUUAUACAAUAUCCAUUUGUAGGCCUACCACAUAAUGUCAAUUUGAGAUUCUCCCAAAUGGACCUGAAGGCAGCACAAUUCUAAUUCCAAAUGCCAAUUAGCAGGAAUUUAUGACGACCCGUUUUGCAAAACCCUCCUUUUAAGGUAGAAAAGACUCUACUUGAAUAAUACAAGGAAGGAAGAUAUAACAUAUCGGACAUCUUCAUAACAAAUUAAAGACAUUUUCCAUCUCAAAGUGAAUCCGUAUUGACGUGUGGACUAGUUGACUGAGGUAUUUUCCUACAAAUAGUGCUACUCUCCUACAUUAACGAGGGGACAAAAGCCUUCCCUCAACACCUCACCAUAGUUAUGGUGCGUUCAAUUUGAACUCGGAAGUCGGAAUUUACAAGUUCCCAGUGGGAAAUGUCAAAUGGAACGCCAAUUUGAAAAAGUGGUUAUUAAGACUUGUUGCAUUGGAACGCGGUCAACUGUGUUGUGUGACGUCAUUCCCCGGCUCCGACUUCCAAGGUAAAUGGAACACAGCAUUAUAGUCCUGUGCACACGCAUUACAUCAAAGAACUAGGGUUACGGUCGUAACUUUAGGUUUCAACUGCCUACUUGCAUCUUUCAGACAUUUCAGAUCUAUGUGUCUUGUUGCUUGAGCUUGUUGAGUUUUCUCACCCCGAGUAUAUUCAUGGACAAUGGCUGCUGUGGGAGUAUUAAGGAUGAUGGUAGGAGCUUAGUUAGCGUGUGUAAACAGCACGGCUUUGUACUGAACAACAGAACCAAAAUCUGUUUGAAGCCAGACAUCAUGAUUGUCAGUACAUCAGAUGGUGACAUUAACCGGCACCACAGCCCAGCCAAUAGGAGAGGGCCAGUUAUGGACCCUAAACAAUAAAAACAUUUCAGUCUUCACAAAUAUUUGGGUAUGCAGAUGUUAGAUGAUUUUUGAUUGACACACACAAAGAGAAACAUUGACAACAUUGUUUACUUCAUGUAGCUUUUAUUUCAUAAAUCACUUUGGGGUUGACUCUCAAACACUGACAUCAGGGUCAUUUAAAAGGUGAGAAGAACAGAUGGUUUAGCUGUCAAGGGAUCAUUUGUGACUUAGACAAGUGUCUGCUGCUACCUUAGACAGAAGAGACUAAGUAAAGAGAUGAAGGCAGCACCUCACCGUUCUCCAUGCAGCUAAAGUUUGUUUAUUUCUGCAUUAUGUUGGUGUAUUCCUUGUCUGAAUUGGCGGUGGGUAGCUUAUAUUAGCUGUGUAAGUCCAGUAGAGAUUGUACAUAUGAAAAUGUUGUUCUAUUAUUAUUAUAUUUGUAUUUAUUGACAUGUUUUAGUGCUUUGGUGCAAAUCUUUUCCUGAGUGGAAGCAGCAGUAGCUUUCUAGGUGCUGGGGCUUCUUGUAACAGUUUGUUUGAAUCAGAGUACCCACCAUCAGAAACUUCAGACAGAUAAACCCAUCUGAAUGACUUUGAAUAUGAAGCCUUAAACAUCACCACAUGCUAGAGUAGCUUUUAAGGGUUUUCAAAAGAUGACUUUCUUUUUUGAUGUGUAAACUCCCAGGAAGCAGGGAAAAGCCCAAUAGCAGUCUUUCAGUUCAGCGGCAUCAGAUUACACAACACCUCUUUUGUUUUUAAUUGGCAUAUUAUUGAUACAAAGACAAUUUCUCCAUAGCAUUAGAUUUCUGUGCAUCAAACCUUUUCAGUAUAUCGAUGGAAAAAAAGUACAAUGGCUUUGAAAUAGGACUUCACAUUACUUAGUAUAAUGUAGCUGAUAGAUCACUAAUAAAAAAAUAUCUCUCCCAUACAAUGAUCAUGUAUAUUACUGCUACCAACCCCAACUAUAGUAGACCAUGGUCUCAAUACCUUUGACUUAGCUGGAGGACAUUAUAGAAAAAUGUGGACCAUCAGAGUCAAAUGCUGGAUGGGUCUGAUCAGCUGAGUUUUGUCUUUCAAACAUAAAGAAAAAGACAUUCUCAUGUGACCAAUGACAAUUGUUUUUUGUGACCAAUGGCCUGUCUCGCAAUGUUAAUGUUCCAAUUGAGGGAGCAUUUGCAUGAAUUUUCCCAGUCAGGGACUUAUUUUUCUGAUUAUUUCAACACCACGUGAAUGCAGCACAAUUGCCCUAUCUCGCAAUGUGAUUGAAAGUGAGAAAUAAUUUGUGUAUCUGCAUCGUGAUUUGGAUACGCUCCAAAAUUGAAUGGAUUUUUUCUUGGCGCAUGCAACCCCCAGACAGACAGACAGACAGACAGACAGACAGACAGACAGACAAGCAGACAGACAGACAGACAGACAGACAGACAGACAGACGGACAGGCAGACAGGCAGACAUAGCGACGUCGCUUUUUGAUCCUUCGAUGUCGGCUCUUCCUAUCAUUGUGAAGCAGAAUUCACCAAGCGUUGGAUUGUUCACCCACUAAUAGGGAACGUGAGCUGGGUUUAGACCGUCGUGAGA